AUGGCCGUCACCACCGACGCAGUUUUCAACGAAGACGAAUACAACUCCGACUCCGAUUCAGACUUCCAACUCGACGACGCCCAGAACGACGACGACGAUGCCGGCUUAACCUCAUCCGAUGAAGAAGAAGCCGCAGAGACAGCGCAAGCGGACCAACCAAAGGCCAAACGGCGGAAAACAACCCCUGACGAUGGUGCAGCAGCCGACGGGCUGGAUUCCGGCGACGAAGCCACCAUCCAAAAAGAAAAGGCGAAGCGGAAGACCGCCGAGGACGAAGAGGAUGAGGGAGGCACGGGGGGUUUUGUCCGUACGCGGGCUAUGAAGAUGCGCGCGCAAGAUGAACGCAAACCGCUUGCAAAGAUCGACGGUGCAACUGUCGAUGUCGAUGCGCUGUGGGCGAUGAUGAACGCGCCGGAGAACAACAACGGGCUGCACACGCCGGAGCAAGCCGCAAAGGAAGACAGUGGCCGGGCGGCGACGGAUGGCGAGACGACGGGUGAUGUCGAAAUGCAAGGACCCUCCACCGAUCCAAACCACAAAUCAUCCGUGUCGAAAUACGCAGAGGAGAUGGUGCGGAUCAAGCGCACCUACAAAUUCGCAGGGGAGACGAUCACGGAGGAGAAGCUCGUCCCCAAGGACUCCGCCGAGGCAAAGCUGUACCUGGCCAACAACAAUGAGGAGAACGUCGAGACGGUCACGGCCGCCGCCGCCGAGGACGAUGCCACCGCCGGAAGCGCAAAUUCGGCGGUGAAGCUACGGCGCCCGCUGCGCAGGGUAUCGCGGUUCGAUCCCAACCCAACCGGGACGAUCAAGAAGAGCUGGGCGAAGCAGCCUGGUCCGGAAAUCACCGGACACCCGGCGGACGAGAACGCGCGGGGUCCCAAGAUCAACACCGUGGAGAAGUCGCGGCUGGAUUGGGCGGCGUACGUGGAUCAGGCCGGUCUCAAGGAUGAGCUCAAGGUGCAUAGCAAGGCCAAGGAGGGCUUCCAUGGCCGCAUGGAGUUCUUGGAUCGCGUGGGGGCGAAUAUCGAGGAGGAGAGACGGAAUGCGCGUCUGAAGGGACUGUGA